GCCAAGUGCAUGCACGACAGCUACCGGAUCAUGAGCGAGAACGACGUCCAGCGGCAAGGGGGUAUGAGUGAUGCCUUUGUGACUAGGCACAUGCUAGCUCAGUUUGCAGCUACAGUGCGACAGCAACAGGGUGGUCUAGUUCCGGGAGAGCACUCCCGGAUCGUGCUAGAUGAAAACUGCAGUGUGAUGUGAAUGACAGCCCAACUCAAACUAAACUCCAGGGGGGCAGUAGAAAUCGCAAUGGUCCUGUCCUUGGAGAGCAGGCAG